UAACGAGGGCCUAGGGCUAGAGCUAUGCUGAGAUGCGCGCGUUCUUCCUGGCGGGCGGGCGCUGGAUCGAUGCGGCGGUGAGAAUCUCCAGCUCCAGCGCGGGCGCUAGGCGGCAUUUCGCCGACCGAGGCUACCUGAGGAAGGAUUACAGCGAUCGCAACUACAGGAAGAAGGGGUUUGUGGAUCCCGGGAAUUUCUCCUACACGGUGCCGCAGGACUCGAGGAAGGUGUGGAAGCCGCCUCAGUUCGCGGGGGAGCGCUACGAGCAUCGUAGCCACGAUCGCGAAUCCAGGUACUCUUCUUGGAGUGCCAAGGAUGACGACGAAGAGAGUAACUAUCCAUUCACGGGUAGUAAGCUCGACAAGUAUCCCAGCAGCUCCAAGGCCUACGCUGGCUUCGAUUCUAGCGAAUCGCAGCUGGUGCCGGCAGCAAACUCGUCCACUCCUCCAAAGAAGAAGGACGAGGAAUCGGAAGACGAAGACAGCGAGCUCGUUGUUCGUGAUCGUUUCCAGAUAAGAAAGACGCUGUCCGACGAUGCCGACUCGUCGCUGCAAACGUUCCACAGACCCGACUGCCGACUCUUCGAGAUCUCUGGCAACAUGGACGAGGACUGGCAGCCGGCGCCCUCCGACGAGUGCCUGGUUUUCGAGAUGAGAAGCCUGUUCAAGCAAGGGAACGUGGCUACCUGGGAAGCCGAGGACGUUGUUCGCAGCUUUGGUGGUCAGCUUCGGCCUUUCCACGUCUUUGAGGUGCUCAAGUCGUGCACUCCAAGCGAAGCUGGAAUCGCCCUCGCGUUUUUCCGCUGGGCCGGGCUCCAGCCUUUCUUCCAGCACGUAAGCGCGACCUACAACAUGAUGCUCAAGCUCCUCCAAGAAGCCGGCAAGUAUCUUGACAUGGCCCGGCUUGCCAAAGAGAUGGAGAACGACGACAUUCCCAGGACUGUCGAGACUUCCAAGAUACUCCUCGUCAGCCUGUUCAAAGGGGGCUACGUUGAGGACGCGCUGGAGGUGUUUUCACAGAUGGAGAGGUCCUCGUCACCUCCGGGUUUCAACGAGUACAAGUAUGUGAUUGACAGGAUGCUACGAUCCGAGUGCUACUUGGUGGUGCCGGUGCUGUACAAGGGCCUCAUGACUGCUGGACACGCUCCAGAUUCUUACGUGUACAACGCGGUGAUUAGCAGCUUGUGCAACGUCGCAAACAUGGACGAGGCCAUGAAGGUCUUCUCCAAGAUGAAGGACAAGUCCACCAUCGACCUAUUCACUUACACCAUCCUCAUCGACGGCUACAUCAAGUGCCACAACGUCACCGGUGCUACCAGGCUCUUUUUGGAGAUGCUAGAACGAGGAUGCUUGCCGGGCGAGGAGAUUUUCAAUCUCUUGUUCGGACUCCACGCAAAGGCCGGAGAGCUGGACGAAGCCGUGAACUUGUUCCGGAAGAUCGCGGAAAACGGUUGCCAACCGACAGUGAAGUCGUAUGGAAUGCUGCUGGAUACUUUUGCCAUGGUGAACAAUCUCGAGGGAGCUCACGCGUUUUACAUGGAGCUCAUCGGCAAGAACAUCUACCCGAGCUCGGUUUCGUGCAACUCUCUCCUCAGCCGGCUGAGCAAAGCUGGGAAAACGACGCUGGCUCUCACAUUCUUCCGGGAGAUGAAGUCGUUCCCGGGAACCAAACCGAAUGGGAUAACUUACAACAUUGCGAUCGACCUCUUCGGCAAGACUGCGAAGUUUGCAGAGGCUUGGGAGGAAUUCCUCGACAUGAAGCGAAACGGCUGCAGUCCUUCGGUUGUCACUUACAACACUUUGAUCGUCAGGCUGGGGCGAGGAGGAUACAUCGAGCUGUGCUUCGACCUGUACGAGGAGAUGAGGGGUCGCGGGAUCACUGCCAACCAGUUCACGUACUGCGGCCUGAUCGACGUGCUCACCAGGUACAACCAAGUGGAGCACGCUCUCGAGUUCCUGGACGAGAUGAAGCGCCUCCACUUCCAUCCCAGCUUCAAUACGCUCCAGCUCGUCAUCAAGAGCCUGUGGAAGACUGGCGACUUGGCUGCCGCAAAGCAGCUGUGCCAGGACUAUCCCGGCGUCUACACUCCGCAGCUGGAGAGCUCUCGAGCACCACCAUCGGACACCUCCACGGCAGUGGCGACUCACAGUGGUGGCUGGCAGCGGAGUGACUACAACAACACCUUCUCGUCACAGAUGGAGCUGGAUCCCGCAAUGCAACUGGAUCGAUACAUGGAGCAGUGGUGAUAGCAGGAUCGCGUAUCCGACUCCUCACGGACAGAGCUCUUCCCAACUCUUCCAAGCUUCAUGGGUCUUUGAUCAAGCAAGUGACGACGAGAUGGAUGUCAACCAUGGCGAGCUUCUACAUCGUGAUUGUCUCGUGCGGAUCCUUGAACACAUUCAGCCUCUUCUCGCAGCACAUGAGAGCGUCGCUGGGCUACGACCAAGAGUCCAUCAAUAGCUUCUCCGGCCUCCUCUACAACUUGGGUGGCGCUCCAUUCCUCCUGGCUUUCAGCGCAGCGCUCAACUUGGCCGGCUAUCUCGUCACCUGGCUGUGCCUCACGCACCGCUUCUUGCACUCUCGCCUGUGGGACGUUUGCGUGGGAUCUGCGGGCUUUUCCAUCACCGCCGGCUACUCGGCUUCGGAAACGGGCGUGUUCGUUGCCAUCCUCGGCCUUUGCGACUUCUUGGGUGGCGUCGCUGCCGGUGCACUGUCCGACAAGCUGCUGGAGAGGUAUGCCACACCCAGCCACCUGCAAAACGUUCCCACGGUUGCUAAAGGCGUAGGAAUGUUUGCUCUGUCCGUCAAGCUGAAGGUGGUGACGCCGGAGCACGGUGCUAUCGGGUCACCUUCUUGCUCAUGGCUCUCGCCUGUUUCAUGACUUCCAUUCUGGUGCUGCGGACUAGAAAGCUGUACAAGGAGAUACUCGUGAGGCUAGGAUCAUCGGCUGCAAAGAUCUAGAAAGCCAUUUCGAUAAUUCUUUGAAUGAGAAAUCUCACGCUUAACUCGA